AUCUGCAUCUUCAUCAUGACGGCUUUCGAAGAAAUGGGCGUUAUGCCUGAAAUUGGACAGGCAGUAGAGGAAAUGGAUUGGACUUUACCAACCGAUGUACAAGCUGAAGCCAUUCCCAUGAUUCUUGGUGGUGGUGAUGUGCUCAUGGCUGCAGAGACAGGCAGCGGUAAAACUGGAGCUUUCUGCCUCCCCAUCAUGCAGAUUGUGUAUGAAACACUGAAAGACCAGGAAGAAGGGAAGGGAAGAAAGCUUUCCUCAAAAACAGCAGGUUCCGGGGGAAAUGCCUGGAAGAUGAACAUGCAUGACAGAGGAGAUGCUUUGGCCAUUGAUCCAGAGGGACUGUUAUGUCAAGCUCGUGACCAACAGAAAUGGCAUGGAACUCGCUCUAAUAAGGCGGUAACACAGGAAGGUCGCUACUAUUUUGAGGCAACAGUCACAGAUGAGGGGCUAUGUCGUGUUGGCUGGGCUACUGACAAAGCCACACUUGAUCUGGGCACUGACAAAUUUGGUUUUGGGUUUGGAGGAACUGGCAAGAAAUCCUGGGGCAGACAGUUUGACUCCUACGGACAGGCUUACGGCAUGAAUGAUACAAUAGGUUGCUUUCUUGACAUUGACAAUGCAGAAAUACGCUGGUCAAAAAAUGGUGUAGACCUGGGAAAGGCCUAUGAUAUUCCACCACACUUAAAAAGUGAAAAGUUUUAUGCUGCUGUUACACUAAAGAACGCUGAAAUGGAGUUCAACUUUGGUAAAACACCAUUUAAGUUCCCUCCUGGUAAGAACUAUGUGGGUGUUGCCCAAGCCAAUUCUCGCUGUGUUGUACAAUCCAGAAUUUCCAGUGGUGUAGCUGUCUCUUCCAAGCCCGCUCCAAAUGCCCCUCAGGCCAUUAUCAUAGAGCCUUCUAGAGAACUUGCUGAACAGACUUUCACGCAAAUCCAGAAGUUCAAAGUCCAUCUGUCUAACCCUUCUAUCAGGGAGCUGUUGAUCAUUGGUGGUGUCAAUGUGAAGGACCAGAUGGAGGUUCUACAGAGGGGGGUGGAUAUUGUGGUGGGAACCCCUGGAAGACUUGAAGACCUAAUCUCUACUGGCAAGCUACUGCUACACCAAGUUCGCUUCUUUGUGCUAGACGAAUGUGAUGGCCUCCUGUCUCAAGGGUACAGUGACCUGAUUAACAGACUCCACCAGCAGAUUCCCAAGGUCACCAAUGACGGGAAACGUCUACAGAUGAUCGUCUGCUCAGCAACCCUACACUCAUUCGAUGUCAAAAAAAUGGCGGAGCGUCUGAUGUAUUUCCCGACAUGGAUAGAUCUGAAAGGUCAAGAUGCCGUGCCAGAGACUGUUCAUCAUGUGGUGUGCAAGAUUGACCCAACAUUGGACACAAGAUGGAAGAAUCUUCAACGACACAUUGCCACUGAUGGGGUCCACCACAGCGACAACAUUUCCUCCAGUGGGACAUCUCAAG